GAGUUGGAUGGUCAUCGAACGGGAGCGCGGCGCAGAUGUAUGGUGGGACGAGCUGCCCAUGGUCGCAUUGUGGCGAUGAACCACGGGACGACAGGUGAAGCGCAGCGCAGACGAGACGAGACGAGAGGCGAGGCGGAUGCGCGAAGGGAUGAGCGCGGCUGGCGAGUGAUUGGAAGCGAAGGAUGGGCUUUGGUGGCUCCCCUGUCGCCUCUUCGUGUCGAGCAAGGACUGGAGCCGAAGCAGUGCGCACCGAGGCGAGGACAGAAGUUAUGAAGCGAGGAACGGAGGGAAUUCCGUCGUGGCAUCGAAUUUGCACGCCCGCGAAAUUAGACAACGCGACACGGCUCUUGAGAAAGAUUGGGAAUGCCGCAGCAGCAGCGUUAGAUGAAGGUCGGAAGCGAGGAGCGCUGGUGUACACUCAGUAGCGAGUGUGAGACGAGAGCUGGUAGGGAGGGGGCUCAGUAAGUUCGUGAUUUGGUCUGGAGAAAAGGUAGCCAAAUAGAUAUUGAGACACGACGGAGUCGGAGCGAGCUGGAUAGGCAGAAACACAUAUGGCGGCGCUAUUGGUAGCGUUGUUUUUCUGCUUGCCGCCACAGUUGUUUCUCUACCCAGCCGCGCAGAGGUGCUCGGUGAUUCUUCCGGUGUUGCCUGCAUCCUGGUCUUGUCCUCUGUCCUCAUUUUUCUCCUGUGCGUACUUUGUGUCUUUCUAUGGACGGGCGCAAGGAGAUGUUCAAAAGAGGCGGGCGAGCAUGAGGCUUUCCCACAUCACUGAGAGCUCUGGGCGAGGCUCCCACUUUUCAAAUCGAUCAUGGUGGUGCUGCUGGCAGGCCCCCCGAACUAUCAAACUUAUGCUCCUAUUUAUCUCAUGGUCUCUCUUGCUGCUGCUUCUUGGCAUGCCCUGCCUCGUAGGAGCAGCUGGUGAUCUGCCUAGAUCAGAUGGAUUAUCUGGACGUGCUGUAGACCGGCCGAAAGACGGUAGUGGUUUCGAAAGCUGCCUACAAACCGAAGGCAUCGCUGGAAGAUUACCAAAAAAUGAGGAGCCUCCCCUUGGAGAUGAUAGCAUUGAAACCUUUGGAACACUUUCUGUUGAUCCCGGAACUCGAGGAUCAAAAACACCUUCGCAGCAAGAAAUUUUGUUGUCGCACGAUAUUGGAUUAAAAUCAGAACCACAGGAGACGAGGAGGGACUUUCGAGGCCAAGCCGGAUAUGGUUCUCCAGCGAAAGUGGUUAAGGGAGAGUCUGAUUUCGUGAAGCGGACAAACUUUGACAGUCUUUUUAGAGACCGUCUGAAAGUUAAGUGCUCACCUCUGGGAACUUACGAUCUGAAACAACCAUUUCUGGCCAUAUCGAAAUUGGGAUCUUCUACACUACAGGGACCCGUACCUUCUUUACCUCACGUGGAUAUAUUCCCACCAUUUCUGGAAUGGGGAUCACAACCUAUGUUUGCUCCAUCGGUUGCAUUUCUUACAGUGGUGAACACCUGCAACAGCACUGGAUUGAAGGUUUUCCAGCCGUUCAGCACCGAUGCUCAGUUCUAUACGCAUGGUUUGCAAGAAAAAGUUGUUGAUCCCGGAGGUCAGCUUUCUAUACCGAUUGUGUUCCUGCCGAGAACACUGGGUGUUGCCGAAGCCAUGCUUAUUGUACAAACUAGUGCAGGUGGCUUCUUAGUUCAGGCUCAGGGCAGGGGCAUUGGCUCGCCGUACAAAGUGCAAGCCUUGCAAGGACUUAGAGUUGCUUCUGGAGAAUCUCUUCAGCAUACUAUUUCGCUUCACAAUCCUCAUGAUGAAGUUGUAAGAGUUGGUGAAGUAUAUGUACGGCCUGCGGAUAUAGACCAAAUUGCAACCUCAGAUUUCAAAUACGGGCCGUGCGAAGGGGAACCCUUCUCUGUGAAAGGUAUAUCUCAUUGUGUGUACAAAGCCAAAGGUGGAGUACUUAAGAUGAACAGUGAGCAGACAGAUUUGAAAGGGAUGAACGGUGGAGCGGCUGUUAUCCAAAUGAGGUUACCUGGACAGCUUGAGAUUGGGCCUCACUCCAGCAUAUCUAUAGCAGAGCUUGACUUUUCGGCUGUCAAAGCCGAUAGAUAUUCGGGGUCUGUACACAUAACAUUGUCAAGGGAAAGUCAAGAUUCGUCCGAUGUACUGAUGUUACCUAUAGAUGUUCAGGUAGGUGAUUUGAGGGUAGAUACCUCAACACUUGUGCCAGUACCUGAGGUAUUGGAGUUCGGGAUAUUGACCGAGGAAGACCAGUCUAGCACUGUGGUUGUCAUAUUGUAUAAUCCCGGAAUAGAAACAGUUCAAGUAUUGGAGAUUUCUGUCCUUGGUGAGGAUAAAAACAUAGUUGACAUACAAUACUUGAAAGAACUUGUGUUGCAACCAAAUAGCGAAAGAGAGGUAGCAAAGAUCACUUACAGCGGCAGGGAAGAGACUGUUCCUGCUGGUCUCUUUCAAUGCCAUCCUCGAGAGCUUAUGAGGAUUCGGAAGCUAGUAGUGAGAACGAACAGCUCGGUGAGCCCUGAGGUGGAGGUUCCUUAUAGGGCUUUGGUCUUUCAUGGCUCUGUUGAUUGCCAUCCUUCCCAAGGGUCUGUAAGUUUUGUGCCUCGGGAAAGUGAUGAAGACAGGGAGUCUUUAGUGGAAGGCGAUGCAGUCCACGAACAACGCGUUCAGUUUCCUAAUGGCCUGAGUGUGCCCCUGGCCAUGUAUAAGGAUCUUGCGAGGAGAACGAAGUUGCACUUGGACACCGGAACCGUACCUCUAGAAGACACGCCUGAGAGUUUCUACUGCAGUGAAACUUCCAUGGGGGAACUAUCUAUCCUUGAACAGACAGAGCUGAUUUAUCCUUCGGUGCAGAUUGGCACAGGAGCCUCACUCUGGUUGAAUGUGACCAAUCCGACGGGGAGCUCGAUUCACGUGGAAGUUGUUGUGGGCUCUACGGCAGAAGCUAGUCAUGGAUCUUGUAAAUAUAUGGACCUGUAUCCUGUGGAUCCAGGUUGCUCUUUAGGGGUGAAUAUGGAUACCGUAAAUACAGAAGUGUCGUGUCAAAAUUCUGACGUUACAAGAGACGUCUUCUCGAUGGCGGAAGGAGCCGCUGUCGAAAUGAUUGUGGAAGCUUAUGGCACGGUAUCCAUUGGACCAGUGCUUUUUCGACCGACAAAGAGAUGCGUGUGGACAGGUCUUCUGUCUGUAGUGAACAACCUCACGACCGCUGAGUGGGUACCAUUACAAGGCUCGGGAGGUUCUGGGAGUCUUACGUUUGUAGAUGGGGAUUUUCCCAUCGACCUUUUGCAGCUGGACUUCAACGUGACUCAUUCGAGCCCAUUUCUCAAUGGUGGGAUGGAGGAAAAGGUCGCAGGAUUCCUGUAUGCGCAAAGGGCUAGAUCGUUCUGCUCGCAGCGUGUCUCAAGGGGCUUUCUGGCGAAGAAUACUGGUGACAUCAACCUCGACGUUAAAGCGGUGGAAUUGCUGGGGGGUGGGUGCUCUUCAUACGGUUUUGAAGUCGAUUCUUGUGAAGGGUUCUUACUCGCCCCUGGACAAACUGUUGAGCUUCAUAUUUCAUACCGACCAGAUUUUACAUCCAUCUCGUACCAAGGUGAUACCGGUGGGGAUGUCUUCCGGGGAGAUUUGCAGCUCAUCACUUCCGCUGGUGUCAUCCAGAUCCCACUGUUGGCAAACUUACCUCGGAACAUACUGCCAUUGUGCUCAGAGGUCGCGCAGUCCACAUAUUUGGAAAGCGCUUUUCUCGUCCUGACCACCUUUCUUCUGUUGGUGGUCUUGAAAGUCUUUAUUCAAAUGCUCACGAAUGAUAUAUCCGACCGCACCUCAAACCCCUCUCAAGACCAUGUUUCAUCCGACGACAUGAGGUCUGUCUCUCAACAGAGUAUUGGAAGUCGGCAAACAUCUCCCGUUCCCCUUUCGCCCAAUCAUACAGUACUGGUAACGAGGACAAAUGACCCCGUUGCGUUGUCUGGGCGCCUAAGUUCAGUUGGUGGUGAAUCUGAGGUUCAGUCACGAACAGGAGAUGGAACCGGAACAAGUGGUCAUGGGAGACUGAAGGAUACCUUCAAGAGACCGGUUCGUGUAGUGAGAGGAGUUGGAUCGAAUUGUGCUAAAGCGAAUAGCUUCACACCCUCUCUUGGGACAAUUCCUGGUUGCGAAGACAACAUUGCAGAUUUGGUACCCUCAAUUGUGGCGCAAGUACCCACUGUUAAGGAUCCUAUUCCUGCAGUAUUGAGCGCACCUAAGUCCAGUUUGGCAGGCCCUAUGAAUGACCCAGCACCGACUCUUUCGUUCACAAGUUCCCGUAAAGCAGUGGAGAAGAAAAACCUUGUGACUCGCCUGGACGGACUGCAGGCGAAGGUUGCCCCGGAGCCUUUGGACGAAGUUAUUUUGGAGCCUAUGAAGCAGACGCCGGCCUCAAAUUCGGCAAAUUGUGGAGCCUGUGACAGUAGUAGUUCGACCUGCAGUGAACAACGAGAAGUAGAGUGUUCACAACAGAAGAGCUCACUGCCCUUAGCACUCACUCUGCCUUUGAAUUCGAGUAUUGUGAACCGAUCAUCAGGUAGGUCUCCGAGGAAGGGUAACCAAUUGAGUCAGUACAGGCAGGUUCUCUCUCUUAAGUCACAGCCCUUGUCCCCAUCACAAUCACAAUCCUCAAGCUCGUGUGGCGUUGAGAAGGAAAAAGGCAAGCGGAAGAAGCGAAGGAGCAACGUUGGAGCAGUGAAGCCAGAAUUCAUCUCUAAAGGUCGCAGUGGAAGUUCUUCACCUUCAUCAUCUCCGGCAUCGCCUGCAACGCCAGCCAGUCCGUCAAGGCCAAUCAGUCCCUUGCGGCACCCAGAAAUGCAGGCCAGUGUGCCGAGUUUGUCUGCCGGAUUGCCUAGUUCAAAAGUUCUGGCGGGUUGUCGAGCUAUCAGUGUCACUCCCCUUUCGAAACUUGAUGUGGACGUAGAGCGUCGUGGACCAACGGGUAGAUCUGGAUCAGGGAUCACGAAGGAACCUGCGAAUCCUCAAUACCGAAGGAACGAGAGUCUAAGUGUUGAUGUUGCUAGCACUGCUCUUAGAGAGAUGGCAAAGGCAACUGAUUUAAGCUGGUCAACUUUGUCUGGACGAGGUAACAAAGCAGUAGACAAGAGCAAAGAGGAGACCAUUGGAAGGCGUGGGGCUUCGAAAGAUUGGGUUACAAUUGCUCGCAAGGCAACAAAUGAUGAACCUGUGAUUGGGAAAGGAGGCGUUCCGGACGACGGAGGCUCGGAUGGGAGAGCCUGGGUUCGAAACGGUGGAUAUUGUGAUCCAGACUUGACGCCCUCAGCUACUUUCCCUCGGAAAAAUAAUCGAGGAGGAUCUGUCUGUAAUGUACCUGCAAAUGUGGAAGAUGAACAGGAGUGGCUCAAGCCGGCUGUUAGUUCAUCACCCCUGGUACCCGUGUCUACAAUGCCACCUGCUGCUAGAGCUCCAGGAGCGAAGAUACCAAAGCCUCUUCCCGACGGUGAAAAUAUGAAUUUGGAGAAAGGAGGUGUCAGAAAUAUUGGAUGGCGUAACGGUGGAGGAGAUUAUACCCAAGACGGAGGCACCAGAUGGAAGGACAGAUUAGACAAGAAAGCUACGACAAGUUUAUCGGGGUUGAACUCUGAUGGCUUAGUGUAUGAUAUAUGGGGUGAUCACUUUGGCGAGAUUAGUCGUUGCUCCACUCAGCGAACAGCGUCAAUCAGGCCUGUAGCUAGGGACGUGGCAUAUCAAAGCCUUCCCAUGGUAGAUACCACCCCCAGUUUUUUCUCGUCGUUUGCCCAGCCCAACCUUCCCGGCACUGACAGCUGGACCCAAAGUUCCUUACCGGGAGUUUCCUGUGGAUUCUCUAUUUUCUCCCAAACUCCAGAUGUUGGCUCCUUAGAAACUUUUAAGCUCCCAUCAACUCUCUACAGUUCUCCGAAACCUGCAGUUCCGCGACAAUCAGUCUUCUCUGACAAGAGUACAGGAAACUAUGGACCUGCCAGGGCCGCCAUUCAGGGACAGGGUGUAACUGGAAGCUUUCCAGACUCUCCAAGGAAGGCAAGGGCUCCCUAUUCCCCGCCUCUUGGAUUUACACCCAUGUCUAAUGAUCUCAGUCCUCUUUCUGCUCAGGAGGUCACCGCCACUGACGCCUCUUGCUCAUUCUGGUCCAGUAGCAACCUACAAGAAGUGUUCACUGCAGCAGUUCACUCCCGAAGUUGAGUGACUUGUGAUUAACUUAUCAUGGAGAUUACUGAAGCCAAUCAUUUUGUGCAACGGACUCCUUUUCAAUGAUGGAGUCCUACAAAAGAGAGGCUGCAAAGGAGGACCUGCGAAUGCCCAUUGAACACACGAACGAUGAAACGGCUCCUGCUGCAUUUCUUGCUUCACCACCAGAAAGUCGUCGGGGGAAGGCUCACCACACCGGCGUGCCUACAUGCCUCCUUAGGAGCACGCAAACAUCAUGCCGGAGUGCAAUGAUGACUUUGGAUCAAAAUGCAGCCAUGCCUGCUGGAGAUUCAGCAAAUUUUGAAACUGAAAAUCUGCAUAUCCAGAUGUGUUUAUAAGUAGGUACUCAUUUUGUAUCGAGCACCUCUCUUUACAAGCAGUCGUAUCUGAGACAGAGAGAGAGAGUGGCAUAAAAUAGAGUUAGGUAGUAGUAAAACCACUGGCGAGAAUUUGUUGUAUAUACUGUUUUUAUUUAUUCCAGUUGGCAUAUCGCUAUACGUCU